ACUGAGAUGAGCUCCGAGCUCGUCCUGAAACCUGAGCUCAGCGGAGCCGUGUGCCCGCAGCACCUGCUGCUCCUGGAGUGUCACCCACGUGCAUCUGACCGUGGACGUUUGCAGGCAGGUACUCGGCAUCCUGUGCUUUAUCCCAGUGACAGAUCUCAGGCUCUAUGUUCAGCACGGCCUGUUCUACCUGCUCACCCAACUGUGAGCACACGCAGCCCCUUCCUGCUGUGCUGUGCUGCCCCGUGCCGGGCUCUCCCCGUGCAGAGCUCUGACUCCUCACGGCACAGCACAGCGCUCUGCAGUACCUGGGGCUCUGCCAUUUGCAGUAUGUCUGCAGAACACGCCUGACCCGGUGCCACAAACACGAGCCUUUGCCCCCAUGUCUCAGCCCCACUCCCUGCCUCCUGCCACAGCCAGUCCGGAACCGUCCCGUACCCACCCUGUGACCCGCAGGGAGGAACCCAGCUGACAGCUGAUCUGAGCAGCUGCCACAGACUCCUCACACGGCGGAGCCAUUUUCUCCUCGCAGCAGCUCUCCCCGCGCUCUGCAGGCUGCCUUUACUCUCUUCAGCCUGGACAUGUGGCUUCUACUGCUGCAGGGACACAUUGGCGGCCAUCACCGGUGGAUGCUGGGCCACACUCAGCCACCGUCCGCCCCGUCACCCCAGGCCCCUCGAGGGGCGCCGCUCCGCCCCGGCAGCACCGGGCUCCUGGACGGGACGCCGCGUUCCUCCACCCACCGCUCAGACAAACGGCGCCUGCCGCAGCUUCCGCCGCCGUCACACCGUGACUGCGGGACCCACGCGCCGCCCCGCGGCCGGCAGAGGGCGCUGCGGGGCUCCCCGGUAGCGGCGGGCGGGGUCCGAGCUGCCCGCCCGGUGGGGCUGCCCGGGGCUGAGCCGGGACCCGCUGCGCACCGAGCGGCUGCUCCGCGCCGGGCCCCGACCGCGUGGGGAAGUGUCGCCGCGCUGAGCGGUGUCUGCUGUGCGGGGCGUGGGAGCCGCCGCGGCUCGUGGGGUGUCGGACCGCGCGGUGCGUCUGUCGGGGCGCGGCCCCUCGGGGCUGUGCCGGGCACAACGCCCCGCUGGGCUGCGGCCGCCUCGGACCCGGAGCUGGAAGGGCCGGGGCUGCGGGACCGGGAGCCGCCUGCUGGUGGUGCCGGGACGGCUGCGGGCGACCGAGGGACGGGACCGGGACCGGGACCGGCGGGAGCUCGGCUGCUCGCCGGGUCACACCUCGCAGGUUCGCGAGGGGUAGCGCCCGAUCCCGGCUCUUGCCGGCGGCGACGAAGGGAACGGCCGGGUCCGGCCCCGCAGCUCGGCUCGUGCUGCUCCUCGGGCCGUGCCCAGCAGCAGCUCCUUUGUGCUGCCGCCUGCCCGAACCCAGGCCUCGAAUCGAUAGCGCUGUGCUGAGCUGUACGUGUGUGUGUGGGUACGUGUGUGUAUGAGCGCUGUGAAGGGCUCCCAGCAGCAGUGGGGACACAAGCCCUUCCCAAGGAGCACCAGGCUGGCACGCUCUGCUCUGAUGGCGCUUUCUUUCCUGCAGACAGAAACAGACAGAGCCAGGCCCCACCUUGGCUCUCUUCUGCCUGCCCGUGUCUUGCUGUGAGCACCCCCCAGCAAACCCGUGAUGGGAACCCAGCCCUGCUCCCUCCGUCCCGCAGCAAUGGCAGGGACUCUUUCCCAAGCCCCUCCCGUCCCAGCAGUUCCAGGCAUCCUGCUGCCACCUGCCCCCAGGCUUCCCGUCCCCCGGCCGCAUGCAGCCCCUGGGACUCCUCGGGCCCGUUCUCCCAUGGGAGCAGCGGCCUGGAGAAAUCCAGGGAGAGCUGCUCAAGGACACCAAGGCCUGUCUGUGUGCCUCUCUGCGGGCACAGGGCCGAGUGGGGUAAGGAGCAGAGAGAACCAAGGCUACAGCAGCACAUGUUUAUGGGGUCUGGCCUGGCUCUGUGCAUAACAGCACAGCGACAUGCUGGGCAUGUAGUGAUGGCAUAAGCUACAGGGGAAGCCGGGUCCUGCAGGGCUGGCGCUGCCUUGGUGUUGCUCAGUGCCGGAACUGAGGCACUGGGGAGGGGAUGCGAAUGUCCUGACCCUUCUCCAGC